UGCAAGCACGGUCAUGCAGAGUCUGUUUGGGCUACAACCUCUGCAGUCAAGAAGAAUGAUAAACACAAGGUGCUCUAGUGUUUUCCUAAGUUUGCUAGUAGCACUGUCUACAGCCGAGGUUGUAAGGGGCCUGUGGAGACAUGGAAGAAGGAGACACAUUUCUAUUUUCUCCUCCACCGACAGUUCAGAUGAGAUCUGCCUCAACGGUGGGUUGUCUGUGCCUUCCUUGGUCACUGGUGAACACUUGUUUUGUAAUUGUAUUGAUGGUUUUACUGGGAGACACUGUGAAAUUGGGAAAGGUGACAGCUGCUAUGAAGGGACUGGAUUAUACUACAGAGGCACCGUUUCAAAAUCAGUCAGCGGAAAAACAUGCGAGAACUGGGAUUUACACACCAGAAGGCGUUACCUGUCCUCAGACCUUCACUUUGGAAGACACAACUACUGCAGAAAUAUCCAGUACAGACUACGUCCAUGGUGUAACGUGUGGAAAAACCACCAGCUGGUGCGUGAAUAUUGUGAUAUCCCCCGUUGUCAUGUUGAAUCCUUUACACCUGCACCUUCAGCUGGACCCAUCAAACCACAAACACCUUCUUUCCCAGCAGCAGAUCUGGCAUGUGGUCAACGGACCAUAAGAACUCAGAUGAAGAUUGUGGGUGGAACAGUUGCUACUGUGGAAUCUCACCCGUGGGUUGCAGCCAUAUUCUGGCAUAGCAAAUCGAAAGAAAAGGUUUUCCGCUGCGGGGGCAGUCUGAUAUCCGCCUGUUGGAUCAUAACGGCCGCCCACUGCUUUCCUGAAGGCUCUCAGGCGAGCCAUCAAUGCUUCUCUGUCACGUUGGGAAAAAAUGCUCUCAAUGAGAGUGACCCAACUAUGGAGCAAACCUUCAGAGUGGAGCAAAUCUUCAUCCAUGAAGGCUUCAACAACAGUGAACAAAACUACAAUAACGACAUUGCUUUGCUGAAAUUAAUGGCCAAACAUGGAAAGUGUGUUGAAGAAACCGACUGGGUGAAGACUGUUUGCCUGCCGCCACCUUUGCAGAGCCUGCAGCCGGGGGUCACCUGUGAGAUCGCUGGAUAUGGGAAAGAGAAAUUUGGUUUGUGGUACAAAUCUCAGUACCUCAAGAAGGCUCAGGUGAACCUCCUUGCUGAUAAUGUGUGUCAACAAAAGGAUUAUUAUGGAAAUAUGGUCAAUAACAACAUGUUUUGUGCUGCACGUCCCGACUGGAGCCAGGACGCCUGUGAGGGCGACUCAGGAGGGCCACUGGUCUGUGAAGUCGACAACAGGCUCUUCCUCUUCGGAAUUAUUAGCUGGGGUGAUGGAUGUGCAAUGGAAAAUAGACCUGGCGUUUACACCAAAAUUACUAAUUAUAACAAAUGGGUAGAAGAAAAGACAAACCUUUCCUCCAUCACUGCUGGAACCAUGUUCCCUCAGAAAUGAUUUAAAGCUGAGAUCAUAAGCUGUUAAAGAGGUUUGUGUUUUUUUUUUUUUUUUGGAAACAGGGUUUUAUAGUUUAAGAAUGAGCAGUCAGUAUCUUACACUACCUAGACUGCUCAGUUUGGAGAAUAACAGAUACAUUGUCAUUGAUGAGACAAAGUAACACACUCUGGGGAUUUCUGAGCUCUAAAACAACUUAAACUCACAAAUAUCUUACAAAAAUAUUUGUGAGUGACUGAAAGGUAUGUCACACUUUUUUUUAAAAUACAUUUUCGUAGGGUUUUCUUUUUCAUUCAUUUUCCAUCCAAUCACUACUUAUAAGAGAAAACAAAGUGACAGUUCAUUUAGUGUUGAGUUUCAACUGUUCUAUAAAUAUUUCCUGUAAUACACAAACAAAAAGGUUCAAUUUAUCUACUGGUUUAUAAAAAUCUGAAGACCUUUGCUAAAAUGUGUUUCUAUGAACGUUUUACACCUCUGCUGAGUUUAAAAGUGAUGUAACUUUUAUCACAUAUUGUUGUAAUUUUGCUUCAUCGUAUUACUUUUUUAAUGCAUAAAAUAAAGUUUUUACACUGA